CGCCCGCUGGCAGCCGCCCGCCCCGCCGCCCUCCACACACACACACGGAGCCGGAGCCGCUGACGGCACCUACUCUGGGCUCGCCGGCUUCUCCCACCCGCCGCCCGAGCAGCGGCGGCCGCACAAAGGAGAGGAGGCGGUGGUGGCGGCGCGCACGGUUCUCGGAGCCCCGACCGGUGUGGCACUGCCCGGAGAUGUCGGGGGUGCUGGUAAUCGCUGCCUGGUGCUUCCUGCAAGUGGAGAGCCGGCAUCCUGAAAUCAUCACGAGUAACAGCAAUCAUGGUAAUUUCCUGGACAACGACAAAUGGCUGAGCACCGUUUCGCAGUAUGAUAAAGACAAGUACUGGAACAAAUUCCGGGAUGAUGAUUAUUUCAGAAACUGGAAUCCAAACAAGCCUUUUGAUCAAGCCCUUGAUCCAUCCAAAGAUCCAUGUUUGAAGGUGAAGUGCAGCCCGCAUAAAGUGUGUGUCACUCAUGACUAUGAAACUGCCAUUUGUGUAAGCCGCAAGCAGCUGGUACACAGCCUUCGACAAAAGAAAGGAAACUUGGCCCAGAAGCACUGGACUGGACCAGCUAACAUAGUGAGAUGCAAGCCUUGCCCCAUGACACACGCCAGCGCCGUCUGUGGCUCUGAUGGACACACGUACACUACCAGGUGCAAGUUGGAGUUUCAUGCGUGUACUUCUGGCAAAACCAUCACAGCUCGAUGCGAAGGGCCCUGCCCCUGCCUUCCGGGACCUGAAACUUCAAAACACAAGACGGAGAAGACUGCUUGCACAGACAAAGAACUGCGGAGUCUCGCUUCGCGGCUAAAAGACUGGUUCGGUGCUCUUCACGAGGACGCAAAUCGUGUCAUCAAACCAACAAGCUCGGAGACGGCACAAGGCAGAUUUGACACCAGCAUACUACCAAUCUGUAAGGAUUCCUUAGGCUGGAUGUUCAACAAACUUGACAUGAACUAUGACCUGCUGCUGGACCCCUCAGAGAUCAGCGCCAUUUAUCUGGAUAAGUACGAGCCCUGCGUCAAACCCCUCUUCAACUCUUGCGACUCCUUCAAAGACGGAAAGCUGUCGAACAACGAGUGGUGCUACUGCUUCCAGAAGCCGGGCGGUCUUCCUUGCCAGAAUGAAAUGAAUAGAAUUCAAAAGCUAAGUAGAGGGAAGAGUCUGUUGGGUGCUUUCAUCCCCCGCUGCAAUGAAGAAGGUUAUUACAAAGCCACUCAGUGCCACGGCAGCACGGGGCAGUGCUGGUGUGUUGAUAAGUACGGGAAUGAGAUAGCCGGCUCAAGAAAACAAGGGACAGUUAGUUGCGAAGAAGAGCAAGAAACCUCAGGGGAUUUUGGCAGUGGUGGAUCUGUUGUAUUGUUGGAUGAUUUGGAAGAGGAGCCUGAAGCAGCUAAAAAAGACAAAGACGGGAAACUGAAGAUUCAUGUAAGAGCAGCUAAUGAAGAUGAUGAAGAUGAAGAUGAUGAUAAGGAUGAUGAAAUUGGUUAUAUAUGGUAGUGCCCAUCAUAACGAGGACUCACGUUUUGCACAAUAUUGCAAGUCAUAUCAUAUCUCUGCAAUUGUAUCUGAGAGUACCUGGCACAAAUAUUCCCUCUCUACUGAGUUUAAUUUUGUAUAGUCUAUUUAAUUUGGAAGACAACUUUUUUUUUCCAGCAAGGACUGUUUGGAAUACAGCUUUUGUUCAGUUGGUUUGGGGGAUUUUUGUUCUAAUCACAGGGGUAAUGAGUUUUGUUUCAAAAACAUUUCAUGUCUUAAUCCUCGCUUGCAUAGCUUAUUAAAUAUAUCCUGUGAAAGAAGAAUCGCAGAAGGGGCUCAACAAACCAAUAGAAGGCUUAGAAGCCCUUCUCAAGUUAGAGAAUUUGUGUCAUGAAGCGUUACCUGGAUCACAUCAGAAACAGUUAUUUUUCUUUCCUGAAGCAGGAAAAGUAGGUACCUCAUUUGCUAGUCCAUAUUUGUUAUGUUCCGGUAAAGUGUAGGUCUCUUUGGAUGGUGAUUUGCGGCUGCCCAGCACCAAGGGUUUAAUCCAGAAAGAAACCAACUGGCAGGAUUUUCUCUUCCUUACGUUCUCUGAGAAUGAGUCCAACAGGUUUAGUCCAUCCCACGCUGAAGGCAAGGCUCCCACCAGAGUGUAGAUCAGCUCACUGACACUCUUCAUGUGGUUAAGGAAUAUGUCUUUGAUCUUAAGAGAUGCUGAGAACCAUGCAGCUAUCAUGGACCAUGCCCUACAGGCAGGGAAGAGAGUCCAUCUGCCUUUCAAAGUGUUUAAGGAAAGAGUGUUCUGUGAAUUUGUAGCGUCAUAACCACUUCCACAGCUGUUCCUCAGCUUCUCUCUGAGCUCGUUUGCACUAAGAGUUGCACUAACGUCGCUCAGGCGGCCUCUGCUUCCCGCUCACACACUAUGGAUCUGCCCGUUCUUCUUUUACUCUUAGCAAUCCCUCAUUCUAAACUUAUAAAGCUGUCAAAGACACUAACCAUCAAAAGUAAUAAGCUGUCAUUUUUUUUAAUUUAAAUAGUUAAUAUUUAUUUGGCCUGGUUAAAAAAGCAACUUUAGGUGGUCGUGUUUCAAAAGCAUAGCCCCUUUGCUCAAGUGUCACAAGCUGCACACUCGUAAUCCAGACACGUAAAAGAGAAUAGUGUUAAAAUACAAUCUCUGAUUCCCUCAGCAUCUCCCAUAUAUUCAUAGCUUUUCAAUUAUAUCACAACAUAGUGAUAUUACAUUAUUUGCUGUGUCCUUUCCCAUUGCAGCUCUCUGAUGCAGUGAUGUGCUGUGGUGACCUUUUAUUAAAUUUUUGCUGUUUCAGAAACAGUAAGAGGUACCUUAACCCUACUCUUGCAUUAGGAUACAGAUAUAAGUAUUCUAGCAGUGCCUGUGAUUUGCCCGUGAGUUAUUUUGCAGAAUGAAAAAUGUGCUUAUUACCCAGGAAACUAAUUCGAUGGAAUAUUUUUUUCCUCUGAGUUAGUGUUGGAUAUAGUAUGGAAAAUAUCCUGCUGGUUGGCAGAAGUCAAUUUUUUAGGGACGUUGGCCCAAGGGCUGUGGUCCUCAGCCCUUUCCAAAGUCAGUGCCCCCCACAGAGCCUGGCAGGGCUCUGCAGCCCCUCUCUCCUCUGUGCAGGACCUCUGCUUUUAGACAAAAUCUCAAGAGCAAUACGAAGAGGAACUCCUUUCAGACACCAUGUGUUGCAGGGGCUCAGUUGUUUUCUCCUCUUUCAUUUCCUAUUUAUCUCGAUCAAUGACCUGAGAACAAAGAGCAAGCCUGCAUAAUUGUUAUUAAUGCAGAAGGAUGCGUAAAAGCGUGAGGAAUUUAUUGUGUGUUGAUUCACGCCCCCACAUCCUCCCAAAAAUCUGUCAUCACAGUCAUUUGCAAAAGGCCUGCAAUCCUCCCUUCCUCAAAUUCCCUUGGCUUUCCAAUAGCUUUUGAAAAUUUAUUUUAAAAUCGGUGUCCAUGAGCUGCACAGCGUGCACACACGCAUACAUACAUACGCUUUUUCUACUUGCCUUUCAUAGAAAAUGAUGCUGACCUGCAAGAGGAACAGAUACAACCAGCAUUCCUUAAGUCGUAUGAUUUCGUGAGAAGCAAUUGAACGCCAGCAGUAGCUUGCUUCUCAAACAUCGUGGCUGGUUUCCUUCUGGUAUUUUAUUAACUAAACCCAUACUCUCUGGGUCUAGCUCUGCUGUCCUGUGCACGACCUGCCUAAGGCACAGCGUUGCCAUUUCACUCUUGACAGAAAACUGAGGUCCACGAUCGGUAGAGUUGUGCUUAUCCUCCUGACUAGACUCAUUCUCCACACACAACCAGGUUUUUUUCUGCAGUCCUGUGUCCCUUUGCCACGGCUUAUCCUGGAACUAUGCCGUACUUCAAAGGCCACAUAGUCAAUCCCUUCUCCUGCCCCGCACCUCACAGGGGUAAAGCCUGGCUAACCAAGCCCUGGGUUACAGCCCUUCUCUGUCAUGUGCAAAUCUGCAAAGCGGUUAAAUAAAAGCUGUUAAAUAAGCCUUUAAAAGCAAAUGUGGACGUUGUUCAGCCUACAUGAGCAGACAUGCCACCGCCAUCCAUUCUCAGCACCACUGAUUCUCUCCUAGCUGUAACCUCUCACAUGCAACUGCUAUAAAUCAGAGGUGGCAAGUUUUAUAUCUUAAACUAUAAAACAUCUACCAUCGUCCCAAACUCACCAACGCGAACAUGCAGUGGGUACCAGUCAAACUGCUCCGUGCCCAGCACAACCAGGCAAGAGGGCGGAUGCCUUGGCUGGUUCAGAUGACCUCUGGCAGCACCUUUCCCUUCGCACAGAACAAACACACACACACACACCCUUUUAAUCCUACUGGCCUGGAUUUUGGAAGACACCCCAGCCAGGUGAUCGUUCAGUCACCUGCUUCAGUUGUUCAAAUCUUCUUCUGAAUCAGGGCCAGCAUUGGAAAAAACAUGAUUUUUUGUUGACUAGUUCAGUUGGGUACGACUACAGGAACAUUUAAAGAUGGUAGUGUCAAAUCACAGGGAGUCACGGCCUAGUCAGGAAGAGGGCAGAGGCUGUCGGGCUUGGAAGGGCAGCUCAGACUAUGGAUUGCUUUAAAACCAAGUUUCCAAAUCUUACAAAGCUAUUUAGCAAAGCCCUUUGGUGAUCCAUUGGCAUCCUCCAGUGGCUGCGGGAUCUGCAGCCUAUAUAUGCAUAUGUGUAUAUCUAUGUGUGUCUGUGUGUAUAUAUUUAUACACAUAUAUACGCGUGUGUGUGUGUCCAAUUUGGCACGAUGCAUUAAAAAAAUGUUUUAUUUCUUUAAAAGAAACCGGCAAUUCUACCAAGAACCAGUGCUCUUCCAGAUCAAGCCCCUUCCAUUCUUCAUGCUUUGUAAAGGAUUUAAUUUGCUUCCAGCUUAAUUUAAGUCCUUCCUUUUUCUUCUCUUUUUUUUUUUUUUUUAAAAAGCAGGACUUCCCAUCUGCAUCAAGUCAUUGACCUUCCAAACAUUUUCUCAUUGCGAAAAAUGGAAUUAGAGUUGUCCCAUUCUUUUAGAGACACAAACCAAUUUUUAAUCUCAUUUUCUUUUCGUAUUAGAGACUAUGAAAUACUGUUAGGCAUUGCUUUAUGUUUCAAGGUGUCCUUUUAACUACUGCGGUUAAAUCAAAAUCUCCUCGAGUUCAGAUUUCAGCACAGUUGGGUUUUUUGGGUCAUUACUGGCCUUUGCUGUGAACACAAAGAAUCCUUUUCCUUUUCUUCGCCUUUUUUUAAGCUGUUCUGUACUAUUAUUUUAAACCGUUCGAAGUGUUUAUUUAAUAUUUAUUCUACAGUUUAUAUUGAAAAAUGUAAAGUUUAUAUUUAAAACAACACUGUUUGUUAGUGAAUGCUUCUCUUUGCCUCUCCAGCCUAGUCUGUUAGUCUCAGUGUACAUUUCUGGCAUGGGAAUAUUUUGAUAUUAGAAGUUUUGUAGCCUUUUUCCCCUCAAGCAGCAAAUGACAUAGAUCUAAGGUCACCACUUGAUACAGACCACCAGAUCGCUCAAGCUUAGCUUCCUCCGUUUGUUGGCUUUUAUUGCAGUCCCUUCUGUAUGCCAUUCAAGUUCCUUUAAUACAUAGGCUGCUUUGUACAGUUACUAUACAUCAAAAAGCCCUUUCUACAGUAGGUGGGUUUUGGUCUUUUUAUACUUUUCUCAAUGCUGUUGAUGUCCGUUACUGUUAAAUGUGUAGAUCUGUAAGGAGAGAUCCAAAUAUUACGUGUUUCAGUUUGAUGUCCCUGCUGUAGAUGGAUGUAGACUAUCAUAGUAAGUAGAACUGCAUAGUAAAUUCUGAAUGCUUUUUCCAUAAGGAGUUCAGUGGAAUGUGAGCAUUUUGCUAUCUUUGGUUAACUGUAAAUGCUUAACUGUAGUCUGAAAUAGUUGCAUUUUUGUCUGUCUCAAUAAAUUUUAAUUUGUCUGCGA